UGUUUAGCAUCAUUUCUUCUAUAAAUCAUGCCCUUUCAAUGCAAAAACAAAUUACCCCAACAUUAUCAUUCCAUACUCUUUCUCUCUGAAUUCCUCUCCCUUCACCUAAAAGCCUAAAACUCUGAUCAUGUUUAAGAUGGAAUAUAGUGAUCAAGCAACUCCUGCUACUACAACUACCACUACCACCACAUUUUCUCCACAAUCACUUUCUCCUAAUUCUUCGCCUUCUCCUCCUUCUCCUACGCUAACUCCACCGGUUGUUAUUAGUCCUUGUGCCGCUUGCAAGAUUUUGAGGAGAAGGUGUGCUGAUAAAUGUGUGUUGGCACCUUAUUUUCCUCCUACGGAACCAGCCAAGUUCACCAUUGCUCAUCGUGUGUUCGGUGCUAGCAACAUAAUCAAGUUCUUGCAGGAACUUCCAGAGUCUCAAAGGGCUGAUGCGGUAAGCAGCAUGGUGUAUGAGGCCAGUGCAAGAAUCCGAGACCCCGUUUACGGGUGUGCAGGGGCGAUUUGCCAGCUGCAAAAGCAAGUUAAUGAGCUGCAAGCACAAUUAGCCAAAGCUCAAGCUGAAGUCAUCAACAUGCAGUUGCAGCAAGCAAACCUUGCAGCUUUACUUUGCAUGGAGGUGGCACAGUCUCCUCAACCAAAUUCCCAGCAAUCCGUCGACACUUUCAUCAGCAGCCCCCAAAGCUACCACAGCAACCCGAGCUUCAUGGAAGACAACAACUUAGGAUCAUUAUGGGAGACUCUGUGGACAUGAUUGAUGCUUAAAUAUUUAUCACUCCUUUGAGAAACUAAGAUCUAGCUAAGCUCCAAAGAAGGAGAAGUUGAAGGACAUUAGAUUAAUAAAUAUUUAACAUAAUCAGUAGAAAUAGGUUAUAAUGUGAACAAAUACAUGGUGGAAAUGUAAACUUAAGAUCUAAUUACUUUGUUAAAGCUGGACGAAGCAUACAGGUCUUUUUCCUCCAUGUAAUUUGCCAUGUUUGGAGAGAAAGAGAAAUAUUUACUCCAAUUUUUCUAAAGUUUGUUUCUGUGCCGAUUAUUGAAAUUUUAACAAAUUUUAGGUCACCUACUAUGAUUACUUAAAAUUGAUGUUCCAUUAAUUCCUUGUCAAACUAGCUUUUGACCAUCUCUUUCGUUUAGCAAUUUUCACUACACCCGCCAUGUAUGAGGAUUAUUAUUUUUGCAAUCUUAUGGUACAAAUGAAACAUGAGCAAGUCUUCAUCUG